AUGCCCCUGGUUAGAGAGGCCCGGGACCCUGGGCUGCUUCCCGGGGAGACGGGGCGGCGCCGCCAGGGGCUGCAGAUAGACCCCGCGCUCACCGGCGCCUGGGCGGACAUCACAGGUGGCGCUGCGCUGGAGCCGGCAGCGGCAGCGCCCUCGGGGUCUCCGAGCGCGGCCUCGAGAGACGAGAGGCAGAGCGCAUCCUCUUCUUCGUCUUCGCGCCCACAGCCAGAGGUGCCUGCGCAGCAGUGGCCCUCGGCGGUCGACCUGUGGGAGGAGCGGGCAGACAGGCACGGGGCGGGUGCCGUGCAUAUGCAGACUGAAUGUGGCAACUUCGAUGUCUGCCAGCGUGCACCCCAGACAGUAUGUCGCUGCACUCUGAAAGCGCAAGCUGUGCGGUGCAGUCGCAGUAGCGUGAAGAGGCGGGUACAGUACUAUGUGUGA